UCAGUCUCCCCAGGGCUCUGGCCCUUUGGCCCAGCUCCAAGGGGCUCCUGUGGGUCUAGCUUAGGCCUCUGCAUCUGAGCAGGUCCCACAGCCCAGCUGAGGUGGGCACAUGCUAUACCUCAAACCUCAGCAUGAGCUCUCAAGGGCCCUGCCGGAAUUUGGGGUCAGUUGCUGGUGAUUGUGGCUGCUGGACUUAGCCUGGUCAUGGGUGUCCCUGCGCCCACUCACUCCCAGGGGCAGAGCUGGGGAGCCCUGAGCCUUGAGGUGGAGGGCGGGGCUAUACCUGCGUAGCAGGAGGUGCCCCAGGCCUAACCUUUGACUUUGGAUUGGGGGUGGGGCUCAGGAGCGUUAUUUGCUAUGGAGGUGGACUAGCCCAGCCCCUCCCCAUCUCUGUAAACCCCCAUCCCUGUAAACGAGGGGACACUGGCACACCUCAGACCCCAGAGGGGCCUCAUGGGGGCCGUUGUCCAACUCUGCCUGUCACCUGACCCCUCCUCAGAGGCAGCUUUGGGAGCCCACAGGUUUGUGCCACCUUAUGUGUGUAGCAGCGAGAGGGUGAGAUUGGGAGCAGAUGGGGCCCGCCUACAGCCCUCCACCCUCAGACCAGGGGCAGCUCAGAACCUCCUCACCUGGGCCUUUGGGCAUCCACCCAGCCCAGAGCAGAGCCUGUGAGGUGGCAUGCGAUGCACUGCCUGGGCCACAGUGCCCUACACUGACCUGUGAGUGCCUGAAACCUCAGCCCCACCAAGCGCCAGGUGGGGCACCUCAGGGCAUCUCACCCUUUGAUCUCGGAGCAGCGAGUGGGCCUAACUGACAGCUGUGACAUCUGAGAGAUCAGGAGCCAGGGGUCCCAGGCCCUAGCCCCGCCUUUUGCUCCACUGAAUCAUGUCAUCAGUGUCCAAGUGGCCAUAGCAGAAAAACGGUUCCCAGGGGGCCAGAGUGCUGGUACAGCGGGAGAGGGCUUUUGCCUUGCACAUGACCAGCCCAGGUUCCUGGCACCCCAUACGGUCCCCUAGGUCAUGCCAAGAGUGAUUCCCAAGUGCAGAGGCAGGAAUCACUCCUGAGCCCCACUGGGUGUGAGCCCCCCACAAAAAAAGAAAAAUAGUUCCUGCCCUUGAUUAGAUGCAAAUAAACUCCCUAAUUUCUGAAGCUCUGCCUAGGAGAAGGAAGGAUGGGCACCUUUGGCCCCCAGGAAGAGGCUGCCCCCGCCUGCAGCUCCUCCAUCUCAGUGUGAUUCUGUCUGCAGAGCCUGACAGCUACAGCCCCUUCAAGACCCCAGUCUCCUGGCUGGGGCCCAGCGGCCCCUGAGCCGGAGUCCACACAGUGGGUCAGCGGGCAGGCCUGGCUGCCUGCCCCAUGACCAUGAGUGACCUAGGAGACAUGAGAGUGAGGUGAGGCAGCUGGUGUGGCUUGGCUCCUAACAGACGCAGGGGACAAGGUGCAGGCCUGGUGUGCCUGUGACGGGUCAAACUGCCUGGCCGGACCAACCCCCAACCCCCAAAAGACAGCCCCUUUAAGUGGGGGUCUGGGCUAACCUGCCCCUGCCCAGCCUGCGGGAAUGGAACGUGGGGUCCCGCCCAGCUCAGAGGUGCCAGCGGGUUUGUUGACUAGAUUCCUGCACCCGCCUGAACUUCUCGGCUAAAAAUAACUGGACCGCCCAGUGUCACCGGUUAGAGGCCAGAAGGUCCCGCAAAGUCGCUCUAGUGCGCGGGGAGCGCGGGACGGGUCUUCGCGAAGGCCGCUGCCCGCAGCUCGGCCUGGCCUUGGCGCCCCACAGGCCUGAGCCCAGAACCCAGCGAGGAGAGCCUUGCCCGGGUGUCCCGCACGGCCUGCGCCCCGCGCCGCCCCGCCCGCGCCCUGUGGCUGCCCCGUGCCGCCUGGCCGCGCCCGUGGACCCGAUGGGCCGCGUCCCCGCUCCCUCCGCUCCCGGGCCGUGCAGUUCUCGCGGCGGCCAGCAGGGGGACUUGCCCCUCCCGCGCGCGGCCCUUCACUUCGCGGUCCCACAGCUGUUCUCAGAAGUAGAUUGGCAGCGGGGCUGCGGGUUGCCAUGGGGAUAUGCAAAUAAGGGGGCCGGCUCGGGGCUCCGAUUGGCUCGCGGGAGCGCGCCCCGCCCAGGAGGGCAGGCCCGGGCGCUCGGCUCUAUAUAGGAGAGCGCGCAGCUCGCCGGCCGCGGAGGCGGGGCCGGAGCGGGGGCGGGGGCGGCGGCGGCGGCGGGAAGCUGCAGCCGGGGCAGCUGCGGGGCGCCUCCCACGCGGCCCCGCGUGGGUCCCGGGGCAGCGGCCGUCGUCCGCCGCGAGGCCCAGCCCGGGACGUCUCCGGCGGCCGCCUCGAGUUGGCGGCGAGAAACUUUUCUCUCCCGCGGCGGGCGUCCCGGCCGGCCCCGCAGCCCGCGGGAGAGGGGGGGAGCGGCCCGGGUCCCUCCGACCCCGCCGCCUCCCGUCGGGGCAGAGCCGCGCGCGGGCUAUGGCCGCGGAGCUGGCGAUGGGCGCCGAGCUGCCCAGCAGCCCGUUGGCCAUCGAGUACGUUAACGACUUCGACUUGAUGAAGUUCGAGGUGAAGAAGGAGCCCCCCGAGGCCGAGCGCUUCUGCCACCGCUUGCCGCCCGGCUCGCUGUCGUCGACGCCGCUCAGCACGCCCUGCUCGUCCGUGCCCUCGUCGCCCAGCUGCUGCGCGCCCAGCCCAGGCACGGGCGGCGCGGGGGGCGGCGCGGGCGCGGGGGGCGGUGCGGGACCGCCGGGCGGCACGGUCGGGGCCGUCGGGGGCGCGGCCGGGAAGGCGGCGCUGGAGGAUCUGUACUGGAUGGGCGGCUACCCGCACCCGCUGCACCCCGAGGCGCUGCACCUGACGCCCGAGGACGCGGUGGAGGCGCUAAUCGGCAGCGGCCACCCCGCGGGGCCCCACGGCGCGCACCACCCGGCGGCCGCCGCAGCCUACGAGGCCUUUCGGGGCCCGGGCUUCGCGGGCGGCGGCGGCGCGGACGACGCGGGCGCCGGUCCCCCCCACGGAGGCCACGGCCACCACCACCACCACCACCCCCACGGCGGCCACCACGUGCGCCUGGAGGAGCGCUUCUCCGACGACCAGCUGGUGUCCAUGUCGGUGCGCGAGCUGAACCGGCAGCUGCGCGGCUUCAGCAAGGAGGAGGUGAUCCGGCUGAAGCAGAAGCGCCGCACGCUCAAGAACCGCGGCUACGCUCAGUCGUGCCGCUUCAAGCGGGUGCAGCAGCGGCACAUCCUGGAGAGCGAGAAGUGCCAGCUCCAGGGCCAGGUGGAGCAGCUGAAGUUGGAGCUGGGGCGCCUGGCCAAGGAGCGGGACCUGUACAAGGAGAAAUACGAGAAGCUGGCGGGCGCGGCUGCCUUCCCGCGGGAGCCCUCGCCGCCGCAGGCCGGGCCCGGCGGGGCCAAGGGCGCGCCCGACUUCUUCCUGUGAAGCCCCCGCGCGCUCAGACCGCGCCCCGCGUCCGCGCCCCGCGCGCCCGCCGGCGUCGGACUUUGCAAGUAUCUCGGAAGCGAGCGGAGGAAGCUGCCUCGUUCCCCGCCGGUCCCCUCGGCCCCCGUCCCUGCAUGUGCCCCCGCCGGAGCGCCCGCCCCGCCUGCCGCCUGCCGCCCGCCCCGCCCCGGCCGCGCCCGUUCCGCCGCUGCAGGACCCCGGGCUGCGCACCCCCGCCGCCGCUUCUCUCCGCGCCGGAUCGUUCUGUUCAUGCUCCCGGGAAACGCGCCUGCUCUUAACCCGAGCGGGAAGGUGACCACAGCCCUCUCCGCACAAACAGCCCCCUUCCGAGGAGAUACGCUCCCGGGCCGCCCGGCCUGGGGUCCGACUGUCCUGUGAAGCCCGUUUCCUUCUGCCCGUGAGCCCCACGGUGUUCCGGGCUCGCAGGCGCCGGGAAAGUUUCUCUGGGUGCCUGGCUUUCCCGGUCUCCCCGCACUCGAGGAAGGGCGCGUCGGCACCAACAAAAUAAACCCGUUUGG